AUGCUGUUUGUGGGAUUCUGGCUGAUGGCCACGGCCUUAGCCGUCGUUAUACUUCCAGGGGGAGAACCAAAGCCCUACACAAGCCAGUAUCCGAUCUUGGCCACAACAGAAGACGCCUACUUUCGUGAAUCCGCCCCCAAUGAACUUUGGAGCGUCAACAACACCGUCAAGGUGAUUCUGAGCUCACACUCGACCACCAACAUAUCCAAUGAUGCCGGGCUGUAUCCUUCUGGUGACUCUUUCAUUCGCGGCGCAAUACAGGCGUGGGGUGAGCAUUUGCACCUGGUCGUGCGCCCCGAAGAGGUCUGGUUCACCAUUUUGGUGCAGAUGAACUUUUAUAUGACAUCUCAUGCCGAGGAAGUUCGAGAGCUAUUCGUCAAUCACCAAGGACAACGGGAGAUUCUCGUCGAGGAUCUCACAUGGUACCGCAUUUUAAGCCGUUUCAGAACAGAAAUUCAAGCGCGAGUCAAAACCGAUUGGUUGAUGGACUGGAUCAUGCCCAACUUCUCAACAACAACCGAGAGCGACGUCAUGACGGCCAAUAUCCUAAUGAUGGGUCUGACCAAAGCCUACUUCAAAUACAUUGGCAAACCUGUCUGUGGACUACCAUCGGUUACGCUGCUCGGCGAGCUUUCAGACUGGCAGAAGCUCCUAGCAAAGCUCGAUCGUCUGCCUGACUUUGGCCCGGAGCCCGAAGAAUACAAGGCCAGACUCCGUCCUAUUCUUUCGAGAUUUGUCACAAGCUUCAAACAGCCCGAUUCACCCGCCACGAAAGAGUUUUGGAACCAAAUUGUGACAGGAAGAGCGGGCAAAGUGUGCGGAUCACCGCCAGUAUUUCUCUCUGGAUGGAUCACGGGCUUCUUUUUCUGGAACGAGAACGGCCAGGCUUUCGCGCGUCAAAAAGGCGACAUGUUGACACUUGAUGGCAUCUCCUAUCCCGUUCUUGACCUCGAAUUUGCACCAGUGGGAUACGCAAGAGCCCCAUUUGUGAUGCGGAACUACCAAGGUCAAGGGGACUUCCCUGCAUACGUCGCGGCUGGCAAUCUAGGGAAGCAGGUCACAACCGGUCCCCCGGCCGGGUACAAGGAGGCGUUGCUGAGAACUGGUGGCAAUGUUAGCCUUGCCGACGACAAGGCUAGGCAUGCGACUCUGAGGCCCUUGAGUGCAUGGAUGCUGUACGGCCCCCUCAGUCAUGAGCCCCGAUCAGGUUGGUUCAAGGAGGAAGAGUUGAUGGAUAUUCAGAUGAGUGUCAAAAAGUAUAUGACUGGAGACACGUGUGGUUUGCUGGCCGCUCCUUGA